AUGCUUAUGGAGAGCUGCUGGAAUUUUCUAAGAAACAGUGGAAGGCCUGAAAGGAAAGUUACUUUGGCCAUUCUGGGACUUGAUAAUGCAGGGAAAACUACAACAGUCCAAAGCAUUCAAGGAGAAAACCCAGAAGAUGUAUGCCCUACUGUGGGAUUUUCUCCCGUGGACCUGAAACAGGGACAGUAUGAUGUGACCAUCUUUGACCUUGGUGGGGGAGAGCAUAUUCGUGGCAUGUGGAAGCACUACUUCUCCGAGUGUCAUGGUGUGAUGUUUGUGGUGGACUCCAGUGAUGUCCAGCGCAUGAAGGAAACCAAGGACACGCUGGCCAAAGUUCUAAGACACCCCUGCAUCACGGGGAAACCAGUUCUUCUUCUGGCAAACAAACAGGACAAAGAAGGAGCUUUGCAGGAGGCAGAUAUCGUAGAUCACCUGACCCUGAAGACGCUUGUGAAACUGAACAAAUUCCGCUAUAAAAUAGUGCCGUGCUCUGCUGUGAUGCCCAUCAGGAAGAAGGCCAUUCAGGGUGGGCUGGAGUGGCUUCUGAAGACUGUGGGCAGGGGCUAUAACACCAUCAAUGAGCGCGUGCGGAAGGACACGGCCGAGCAGAGGGAGCAGGAGGAGAAGUACAGGAGAGAGCGGGCCGAAAGGGUGCGCAAGGUUCGAGAGGACAGGUAA